AUGGACGAAAAUAUAACGAGAGAGGAUACUAUUACGUACGCAAAGAUGGCCGAGCAGGCUGAAAGAUACGAAGAUAUGGUUGGAUAUAUGGAAAACGCUGUACGAGCGGGCGGAGACCUCACGGCAGACGAACGAAACUUGUUGUCUGUUGCGUACAAGAAUGUCGUUGGAGUACGCCGAUCGGCCCACCGUGUUGUAAACAGCCAGAUUAGCCAGUUACAACAGAAUGACCCAAAGCUGGCUGUUGCUACUGAUUUCAAAUUAUUAAUCAAGGCCGAAUUGGAUAAACGCUGUCGCGAUGUGCUUGACCUCUUGGAUAACUUUUUGAUUAAAGAGGUGUCGGAAGACGACGAAGCCGAACCAGCGAUUGAACAAGCGGUAUUCUACCUCAAAAUGAAAGGAGAUUAUUUUCGCUAUUUAGUAGAAGUUGCUGAGGACGAUGAAGCCAAGAAGAAAGUCAUCGGGGAAUCGAGUGAAGCGUACGGGGAAGCGAGCAAGAUCGGGAAACGUCUCCCCUCGACAAACCCGAUUCGCUUAGGCCUUGCGCUGAAUUUCUCCGUAUUCUACUACGAAAUCGAAGAUAAUCCGUCUAAAGCGUGCGAAUUGGCAAAGAAUGCGUUCGAUUCAGCGAUCUCCGAAUUAGAUAACCUCAAGGAAGAGUCGUACAAGGAUAGCACAUUAAUUAUGCAACUGCUACGGGAUAAUCUUACACUAUGGACCUCGGAAACUAAUGAUGAUGCUCCCGAUGUCGACGAUCUAAAAAAGUGA